CGUUUCUAUUUUUAUACUACGGAGUAGUUUCCAACAUAAUCAUACUACUCCUACAGAACUUGUGAAGAAAUCCACACACUCCACAGCUACAUUCCCUGACUCCCGGCGAAGCUGCGGCCUUCCGUAUUCAGCCCGCCGGGAGAUCAUGGGCCAGAGCCACCGCCGACUCUUGCUCGUAUCUUUGUCCGUGCUGCUUCUCACAGCCACGCCCGUCGCCGCCGACAGCACGUUGACACAGCGGAGUGCCAUCGCCGCCGACCAGAGGCUGGUCUCGCCGGGAGACGUCUUCCAGCUCGGCCUCUUCCCCGUCGCCAACGGCACCAAGUGGUUCCUCGGCAUAUGGUUCACCGUCUCCCCGGCCGCCGUCAUCUGGGUCGCCAACCGCGACCGCCCGCUCAACGCCUCGUCCUCCGGCAUCCUCGCGCUCAGCGGCCGAGGAGACCUCGUGCUCCUCGACGCCGCGAGGGACAACGAGACCGUCUGGUCGUCCAACUCCUCGUCCGCGACGGUAGCGCAGCUCCGCGACAACGGCAACCUGGUGCUCGCGGACGCGGCCGGCGCCGUGGUGUGGCAGAGCUUCGAGCACCCGACCAACACGUUCGUGGCGGAGAUGCGGUGCGGGAAGGACCUGAGGACCGGCGCGCUGUGGGCCCUCUCGUCGUGGCGCGGCGCCGACGACCCGUCGCCCGGGGACUUCCGCUACGUGAUGGACACCAGCAGCGGCUCGCCGGAGCUGCACGUCUGGGGCAAGGGGCGCAAGACGUACCGAACCGGGCCGUGGAACGGGAUGCGGUUCAGCGGCAUCCCGGAGAUGACCGCCUUCGAGGACAUGUUCGAGUUCCGGUUCACCAACACCACCGACGAGGUCUCCUACGUGUUCCGCGACCGCGCCGGCUCGCCGGUGUCCCGCGUCGUCCUGAACGAGACCGGCGUCAUGCAGCGCAUGGUCUGGGACCAAGCGGCGGUGACGUGGAGCGUCUUCUGGUCGGGGCCGCGCGACCAGUGCGAUCGCUACGGCCUGUGCGGCGCCUUCGGCGUCUGCAACGUGGUGGACGCCGUGGUGUGCGGCUGCGUCCGAGGGUUCCGGCCCAGCUCGCCGGCGGAGUGGCGCAUGCGGAACGCGUCCGGCGGGUGCGCCCGCAGCACGCCGCUACAGUGCGGCUUGGGUGGUGGUGACGGGUUCUAUGCCCUGCGCGGCGUGAAGCUGCCGGAGACGCACGGCAGCAGCGUGGACGCCAGCGCCUCGCUUGAGGAGUGCGGCCGGAGGUGCCUGGCCAACUGCUCGUGCACGGCAUACGCCGCGUCGGAUAUCCGUGGUGGUGGAGGCGGGAGCGGAUGCAUUCAGUGGUUCGGCGAGCUGAUGGACACGCGGUUCGUCGACGGCGGCCAGGAUCUCUUCGUCAGGCUGGCAAUGUCUGACCUAGAUACAACCAAGAGCAAGAAGUUUCUCACCGUCAUCGCAGCGGUGAUAGCGGGGUUCGCAUUGCUUCUGCUGUCACUUAGCUUCCUGAUCUGGAGAAAGUUCCAGCGCCGCAGGAUGGGAGUCGCCGUGUUUGAUGACAUCAUGAGGGGCGAGUGUCCAACGUACCUCCUCGAAACCAUUAGGGCCUCCACCGACGGGUUCCGCCCUGAGAACGAGAUCGGGCGCGGUGGCUUCGGCAUUGUGUACAAGGGUCAAAUGCCAGACGGCCAAGAGGUUGCAGUGAAGAGGCUCUCAGCGGAGAACAGAGUGCAAGGCCUGAAAGAGUUCAAGAACGAGGUGGACCUGAUCGCCAAGCUGCAGCACCGCAACCUGGUACGCCUGCUCGGCUGCUGCAUCCACUGCUUGGACAGGAUACUUGUCUACGAAUACAUGAGCAACAAGAGCUUGGACACCUUUAUUUUUGAUCCAAGGAGGCGCGCCACUUUGAGCUGGAAGGCCAGGAUGGACAUCAUCCUCGGAGUUGCCAGAGGGCUUGUCUACCUUCAUCAGGACUCAAGGCACACAAUGAUCCACCGAGAUCUCAAGGCGGCCAACGUUCUCCUUAAUGAGGAGAUGGUCGCCAAGAUAUCGGAUUUUGGAAUUGCGAAGCUGUUCAGCAGCAGCGGAGACAACAGUCAGGACUCCACCAUCACAGAAAGGAUUGUUGGGACAUAUGGUUACAUGUCACCGGAGUAUGCCAUGGACGGCAUGGUAUCAUUCAUGCAGGAUGUGUACAGCUUCGGUGUGCUGUUGCUGGAGAUCGUCAGUGGCAGGAGGAACCAACGAAGUUUCAACCUCAUAGCUCAUGCAUGGAAUCUGUAUGAAGAAAACAGGAGCCUCGAGCUCCUUGACCCAGCUGUGCGUGGCGGCUGUUCCCCAGCAGAGCUAGAGCAUGUUAAGACGUGGAUCCAGGUAGGGCUACUGUGCGUUCAGGAGAGCCCAAGCCAACGGCCGCAAAUGGCUGCAGUAAUCCCCAUGUUGUCGCACCAACAGGCGCCAGGGCGGCCACUUCGGCCGGUUGUCUGCAUGCCGGCGAGAACUCCGGUGGACCUUCUCAACAUGGAGGAGAACACAUCUAGCAAUGAGUUGACCAUCACGAACCUCGAAGGCCGGUAGCAACUAGCAAGAAUGCAUGGAUGGAAGGAUGCCGGGCAAGCUGGAACCUAAGAUUGAAGACCUUACUGACGACUUUUUGUAUGUAAUUGGGUAGGACGGGUGCAUUCAAGCCAUCUCAUGCUUCUGCAAAAGUGUGACCUCUUAAUUAACACACCUCUGUAAAAAAACACCUAUGUAAUUCAUGGAGACUGAGAACAAAUUCAAGAUUUGAAAAAAAUUCAAAUGAACUGCAUUUGCAUGUGUACAAAUAUUAGGCA